AUGACAUCUUCUGUCCCGUCCGUGGGGACCUCUCGAAUCACUCGCACCCGCAAAUCGCCACCCGCCUCACUGCCGGACCACUUUUCACGCAAAGGCUACCUCUCCGUCUCCGAUCUCGUCGGUCCCUCCUGGUGCGAGUACAACUAUCAAUAUGGGAUCCUGUCCCUUUCGCACCUGCCGCCGUCACUCCGACCGUCUACCAUCACGACAGAAUCAGGCGCAACACUCGCUGCAGCACCUCAGCUAGUAGCUCAGAAGGAGACGACGUUGAAUGCGGGCAAGGCGAUCCACACCGUGCUCGAACGAGAAGUCGCCCCCGUUCAGGUGGUAGUGGAGACCGAAAGCCGGGAAGAUGCGUGGGCGUUGAGAUUGAUGAACCUCUGGUGUGAUGUUGUAGCAUUGACAAGAUUGAAGGCUGGAAAGGGAAGCGGGAAGGGGAAGGAGAGCUGUGUGAGGGAGAUCCCGGUAUAUGGGUGGAUUCAGGGUGUGAUGGUGAUGGGUGUGAUUGACGAGAUCACCAAACGGACAAUCGAAGCAGGCUCCUCGAAUAGGGAGAAGGGAAAAACAUGGUCUAGUCAGGAAGAAUGGAAGAAGGAGCAGCUCCGCAAGUCCUCCACUUCCAGCCCGAAGAAAUCCAAGCAAGCAAAUGGCUCAACGACGAAACCCCUCACUGCCUUCUUUGGCAGCUCCCAACCAUCGCAGCCAGACCCGCCACCGCAACCGCAAGAACACGGUUGGGGCUACUUUCUCUCCGACACCAAAACCAGGAUCUCCUCUUGGCUGCCAGCGGAAGAAGACCAGUUCAGCGCGCGAAUGCAGUGCAUGACCUACAAACGCCUCUUCGACGGCCUACUCCUCGGCGCCCUCCUCUCCUCCCCUUCAUCCACCCUCGACAGCAAGACACUCUCCUUCGAUCCGAACACAACACCGAUGGACUGGACAGAAACAUUCGCGUCGCUCGACUUGGACCCGGACCAACCACUGUCGGAUGUGUUCUUGAGGGAUGCUAUGCCGGUGUGCGAGAGUUGGGGUGUCGAGCUGGAUGGAUGGGUGAGGCGGAGGGGGGCGGAUGUGUGUACGUUGGAUCAUGUGAGGUUGUUGCUGGAGGAGGGGUUGAGGAUGUUGGUCGAGGAUGCCGGGAGAGGAAAGGUUGGGAAGGGGGAGGCUAUGGUGAUACAGGAUCGGUUGGCGCUGACCUACAGACGGCAGGCAAGUCGUGGCAAAAGGGGAAAACGAAAGAAGGGAUCGGGAACACGUCGAUCAGCGCGCAUCGCAGCCGAGUCGACGACGGACACAAGUACAGCAAAGCAGACUACUCUCGACGAGCAGCUGGCGAUUGCCAAAGAUGACAGCACAGAAGAUCGCGCUGUUGAGCUGCCAACGGAGGAAGAGCAGAUCUCCGUCGAUGACUCUCAACCCCUUCAAAAUCAUGACAAUCCACCCGGUCCAACCACAGACACGGAAAAGAAGUCCCUCGACGCCCUCGACGGCCGCAACGACGCCCAACACGCGAUCCAGGAAACCUUCUCCUCCCCUCCGCUAUCCCUCACGCCCUCGCGCAACCGUACCCACCGCCCCUCCCCCACCCCUUCCCCACCCGCUUCCCCCACUCCACCUUCUUCACCCAGCAUCAUCGGCAUCGUCUCCUUCGCGCACACCCCUUCCACGCUCGACGCCUACCUCCGUCGCAUGAUAUCCAUGUGGAAGGGCGAGCGAUCGCUGAUCGGCGUGCGCGCGGAUCAGACUCGACGAUGCUGGACGUGCGAGUGGUUGGAUGGGUGUGAAUGGAGGAACGAGCAGGCGCAACGUGCGGCUGGAAAUCGCAAAGAAAAGAGCGAGCAGGCUGAGGCCAAGGUCAGCGUUGCAGUGGAGAAAGAUCCGGAGGAUGCGGAGGGGGAGGAGUUCUGGGAGAACGUCGAUUACGAUUCCAUCGAGGUUCGUGAUGCUACUGGGAAACUGGUUGAUUGGUAG